UAGAAGCUGCAGAUUCAGAAUCUUAACUCGAGCGAUACAGCAGACUAAGAAAGUUGCCAUGUGAGUGCGCCAAUCCAUCUGAUGCUCAAACGCAAAUUGUAGUUUCCCGUCGCACCGCCUUCACCAUGUUCAAGAAACAACCAAGUAUAUGCCCAGGAAGCAGUCAUCCAUAUAAGUUUUGAAGCUCACUGAUAAUAUUCGUCUUCCGGAGAUGUAAACAUACUGGUGGUAAUAUUAGGAACACUCGUCGGGAUUACAAGCAUACUCGUUUACAGAACACCCGAUGUGAUUUGACGUAAACGGACAUGGUCAACUAAUGCCAAGCGUACUUGCAACUUGAUAAACAUGCAGGCGAUCUCUUCAAAAUGUAAUCUACGUCACUACCAAGAAAAGUAAUCUUGUGUAAUAUUAUUGAUUAAUGGGCACCUUCUGUGAAACAAUAGCGAGUGAGCUUCAGAAGGGACGUUGCUUUAUCUCUGUUAAUUGAUGACGAGGGAAUUAAUAAAGAUAGGCGAUGCUCGGGCGAUAACAGUCAUGAAAAUACCUAUAUUACUGUACGUCAGCGAUGGUACACUUAUUUCUUGGUAUAGGCUGUUUGUGUCAACUUGUGCAAGCCAUUAUCUUUUAUGGAAUAUGGAUCGUUAAACAUCAGCGCAUCGGCAUCGAAUUUGUAAGAUCUAUGGUCAUGAUUGUAGCUCUUCCAUAUACAUGGCAGAAUGCCAUGGUAACCUCUUUUUGUGUCUAGAAAUGCCUGGUGAGAUCCGGAUUCUUUAGCAUUUCUUCUAAAGAAAGAAAACAGAUGAGUGCUGAAGUGGGUGCAGUGUCUUGGGGAUGGGGAUAUGGAGCGCUCCUUUGGCAUAUUUGAUGACAACGAUGUUACUUAUAAUUCAUUACAAAUGAUGUUCACGAUGAUGAUCAACCAAUAUUGAAUGGAUUUAUUCUGAACCACCAGCAAAGGCUUGGAACAUCAUUAUUCAAGCCUGCCAGACGCCAUGAUGAGCUUUCAUGAAACUUCUUCUCCAUCCUCGGUGAGGAACGCAGAUGAUGCGUCGAACACUGCCACUAUCAUAGCUGUUCUGGUGCAGGUCCUCAUAUGCAUAUGGACCAUUUCAGCAAAUGGUCUAGUCUUACUGACAGUGUUCAGGUCUCGACAACUUAGGAGCGUUAUGACGUCAUUCCUCAUCAGUUUAGCAGCCGCUGAUUUCCUUCUAGGAGUUGGGAUGAUCUUAAGUAUAACCAUUACAUUAUGGGCCACGCCCUUCUGGCCUUGUCUAGUCACGUACAGUAUCCUGAUUGGACAGUGCGUCGCGAGCGUUUGGAGUCUAAUGGGCGUGGCCGUUGACCGAUAUCUUCACAUCGUUGGCAACAAAUUAAAAUGGCGUAUCACUGAAACCUUCGCUCAGGUAUCUAUUAUGAUGGUGUGGAUUGCAUCGUUCAUAACCGCGAUUGUACCUCUUCUUUUACACUUGAACUCAACAGGUCGAUUUGAAGAGGGGAAAACUUGCUUUGACUUUACAGCUCUAUUUCCUAAGCUUUACCUAGAGUUUGUCUUCUACGGGCACGAGUGUGUGCCAGUGUUGUUCAUGGGGAUCAUUUACUUCCGUAUUAUCAUCAUCCUUCUGCAAAGAGUUCGGCGUGUCGGUUCUGUAGGUGAAUCCUCAGUUAAUGAAAACAACGUCAUCAAAUCUAGGAAGGAGCUCAGGGUCAUCAUCAAACUUGUAUUUUCACUCACAGUCUUCAAUAUGUGCACGUUCCCCAUGGUGAUUGGUAUUCUUCUUGAGAUUUACAACCCGAACUUCACCCUCCCACCGCUCACUCGGCUCACCAUGGUUGCUCUCAUCUACUUAAACAGUGCCAUUAACCCACUACAUUUCUGGUUCUUCAAUGUGCCGUUUCGCAGGAGCUGCGGACGUCUUUUACGCAACGGAAGUAGGAUGCUCACGUCGUGCGCGUGUUUCCCUCGCCCUCCCACCAGGUUCUACAGCAUAAAUCCAAGUCGUCGGGGGAUUGAAACACUGCCAAGUCCUACUGCCUUACCAACUAUCAAUCUAACUACGUAUCACUGUGAUGAAAAGGGUUGUAAAAGGACACACCAUCAUGAGAAUAUACACCACCAUGAGAACAUAGUCCAUUUCCCUUCGACGUGUGACAAUGGUGAGAACAAAGAUACAUGUUCAAUUAAAGAGUUUGAAAAUAACGCGGAAUUACCAGGAAUGGUUCGAAUCGACGUAGACAUCACAAAAUCAGAAGAAUCUACUGCGUCGUGAUAAUUUUUCCACAUACCUACCCUUUUCAAUUGUUUAAAUGGUUUCUUUGCCAUAAGAGUAUAAGAAGACUAAAAUCUGAAUUAUGUAU